GUCAUUAUAAAUCCAGAAGUUCCAAGCGUUGAGAACAUCUGUGUUAGAGGCUAGACAAAGACCUGAGCAGCUCGGAAGACAAGCAACGGAAAAAGCUAAUUUUAGGAGAGAGAGAACAGUGACAGCAGAUAUAUUCAUCGAACGAUUGUCAGAAGUGAAAUAAUCCUGCCUGCUCAAGGUAGUGAGGGGCACAGAGUGAGAGGUGGGCGGAUGCACACUCUCUACUCUCUUGCCCUGCGUUUUUGUUGCCCCUUCAGCCAACUUCGUCGCUCCUCUCCACCACCACAACCUCUCAUUCCACCAUCUGUGCCUGCUUCAGGCACAAGUACCCCGUGGUGCGUGUGUGGCAUGGAGAAGGAGAGGGAGGAUGAAGAGACGGAGGGGAGGGAGAGACCAGAGCCGCUGACGGAUGUGGAGCGGGGCAUCAUUCAGGACACCUGGGCGCGUGUUUACGAGAGCUGUGAGGAUGUGGGCAUCACUAUACUAAUAAGGUUCUUUGUGAACUUCCCCUCAGCAAAGCAGUACUUCAGUCAGUUCCAGGACAUGGAAGAUCCAGAGGAAAUGGAGAAGAGCUCUCAGUUGAGGAAACAUGCCCGCCGUGUCAUGAACGCCAUCAACACAGUUGUGGAGAACCUUCAUGACCCAGAGAAAGUUUCAUCUGUUCUGGGGCUAGUGGGAAAAGCACAUGCACUCAAAUACAAAGUGGAGCCAAUGUACUUCAAAAUCUUAAGUGGGGUUAUUCUGGAGAUACUUGCAGAGGAUUUCGGAGAGUGCUUUACCCCAGAAGUACAGACAUCCUGGACCAAACUGAUGGCAGCAUUGUACUGGUAUAUCACAGGGGCUUAUACUGAGGUGGGAUGGCUCAAACUAUCCAGCUCAGCGGUCUGAGAUUAGGCAUUCAUUCCUACUGUACAUGAACACUGGUUGUAACUCAUCAGCUUGGCUAGUCAAAGGACUGACUUAAGAGGAUAAAGAUCAAUAGAAUAGAAUUAGAAAUACGUUUUCCAUCAUAUACAUCAUUUUCUUUCACCUUGUUUUAUACAUUUUUAGUAUAUACAACUCAAACCUCUAAGAUGUUGUCUGUGCUGUGUAGUGUAAUUUGCUUGUGUAUCUUUUAGGCUUGUGUUUCAAUGUGUAUAUCAAAACAGAUCACAUUUUAUUAUAAUGCCACAGCAGAAUUACAAUACAUACUAACGCAUAAAUAGAAAAUAAAUAGCAUAAACCUGCUGUUCAUUUGUUAACUUUGUCAAGACAAUAGUGUUCUCCAAAAUACAAACCACACACAAGUCUUCAUUGUUCAGUACUUUACUCAUGGUGAAUCUAACCUUAUUGGUGCUUCUCACAUGAGAGGCAUAAAUGAAUAAAAUAGCUCAUUCAAGAAGUGACCCAGUAUUCUCAGAUCUGACGUUUAUCCUUCUGUUAAUGUUCAUUUGGGAGUCACACUUGUGUUUUUCACCGUCAAAAUUGACCGGACACCUGAAAUGACACUUUUUAAAAUUUCUGUGAAAUUAAUGUAAUAUAAUUUUGUUCGAUAAUAUUUUUCUUUUUCAUUUUGUAUUUUGAAAGAAUUUCAUGGUACUGUUUAAUAUUUAUGCAAUAAUUAUGAUCAAUUUAUGAUUAAUCAAACAAUUUUUCUAAUAUUUUUUAGCACUUUCUAAUAUUUUCUAAUAUAUAUUUUUUUUCAAUUAUGGCAGUAUUUUGGGUUAAAAUAGAGACAAUGCAUUUAAAUUGUAAAUUCAUUUUCAAGGCAAAUUAAUUCCAUAUGGUGGGAGUAAAAACAAGAUAAAAACAUCCAAAAUUUAAUGGUUUAGCCACUAGAUUUCUAUAGAGCUCUAUAUAAAAGAUUUAUAAAUAAUUAUCUAGUUGUUUUUUUAAAUAAAUACAGCCACACCAGUUAAUUUGUGUGUGUCUAAUAGUGUGUUGUGUGUCUGUGAGUGUGUGUGUCCGAUUUGUACUGAGUGUCACCGCUUCCUUGGUGGCUAAAUUAUGGAUUUUAUUUCAGGUAUUUGCAAAAACAUGUUGUGUGUUACAGUCACACUAGUUCAUAUAUGUGCAUAUGUGGGGGGAGUGUGUCUGUUUUGCACUCUUAAUAUUUUAAAGUAUCACCCCUUAAUUGCUUUUUUCUGCAUUGCGAAUGAUUUGUAGAUAAUACACACUCACACACACACACACACACACACACACACAAAUAUAAUAGUCUCUGUAUUUUCACAUUUUUGCAUAUUUUUUAUUAAUUUCCAAUGCCAGUCAUAUUUGACCGCGAACAACAAAAGUGUGACUAUUUUUUAAUGACCAUUUAGCCUUCUUGAAUCAAGUCCACAAUUAUUAUUAUUAUUUUUAUUUUAUUUUUCUGCCAUAAAAGUCAAUGAGUUUCAUACCACUCCAGUGAAGCAGUGAUUUCUUAUAUAUAUGCAGGUUCAGGUCCGGUGACUGUGGAGGCCAGGUCAUCUGGCGCAGCACCCCAUCACUCUCCUUCUUGGUCAAAUAGCC